CUGCCUGUCUACAAUAACAAGUCAUACAAAAUAAGAGGAUUUAUCGUCAUUGUAAGUGAACAACGACAUUUAGAGUGGUAGCUCUUGGAGACACCAGCAGCAAUGUAAAAACCAAACCAAACAAGGAAGAGAAACAGAAUAUUUACAAAACUAAAAGAAAAAUAUAUGCAUUAAAUAAGAUCACUUCGAUACUUUAAAAUAUAUAUACAAUAUGUGCAACAUGUAAUGGUGCAAACAGUGCAGUGCAAACAGGAGGUGUCAAAGUGGUUUAGUGUGUUAGCAGCAGUAUGGGGAGGAGAGGGUGGUGAUUGCCCUCUUUAGUCCUCAGCAGCUAUGGGAGGUGUGUGUGUGUGUGUGUGUUUUUUGGGGGGGGUUAUUGCGGAUACAGCUCUGGGGUAGAACCUGUUCCUCAGUCUCGUGGUCCGUGUCCUGAUAGUUCUGUAUGUCUUGCCUGAUGGCAAUCUGUUUUCCAGAUUAACGGGUCUGAGGUUUUUGCCCUGAUAAAAUAUUUUGGGAAAAAGAGUUGACCCCGACGUGAUUUGAACACGCAACCUUCUGAUCUGGAGUCAGACGCGCUACCGUUGCGCCACGAGGUCGACAGAUAAUAGAGGAACUUUAACAAAUUUAGACUUAAAUAAAGUACAAAUUGUGUAUAUGUGACAGGUGUUGAGAAAUGCCCGCCUCGCUUUCCAAUCCUCAGCUCACUGUAAGGACUUUAUAUAAAAACAGUCACCGGGUCCAGAAAUGAAGGCAGUAUGGAAGUGCCUGAAGCCUGCAUUCCCUGGAAACACCAGCAGAGGUCGUCUCCCUGGUUGCAAAAAAAAGUGCCUCUCCACCGUGACCCUGAAGUUGACUGGUGCUUUCCGCCUCUCCACAACCUUUGUGUUGCAACAAUGAAGAGAAUAGUCGGGAAACAUGAACAUACACACAUUUUUUUUGAAAAGGCGAACAUCCUGAAAACUAUUGGCCGGUUAGCUCAGUUGGUUAGAUCGUGGUGCUAAUAACGCCAAGGUCGCGGGUUCGAUCCCCGUACGGGCCACGAUACCUUUUGCUCUCCUCGAUUGACAGAUUUCUUCCUGUGUACCAAUUUAUUUUAUGUGCUUGGCGUUCAAGUGGUCAAUUCGUGAUGAGAAGAAUUUCACGGCAUAAUGACAGACUGAAAACAUGAAUUUGUUUGCAAAAUCAAUGUAGUCACAUUCAUAUUACGAAGAAAAACUCCAAACAGUUAAAAUGCUUUUAAAUACUGUAGACACAAGUAAGUUAUCAUAAAAAAAGACCACAUCGGAGAGGGAUUGCAUUGAUUGUAUGACAUAUAUGUAACACUUUACUCAGUGUGAGGCGUUGGUGGUAUAGUGGUGAGCAUAGCUGCCUUCCAAGCAGUUGACCCGGGUUCGAUUCCCGGCCAACGCAGCGGUCUUUUUUGAUCUGUCUGAUCAUCUUUAAAGGCUUGAUGAGGUUUGUAUUAUGAUUUCAAUAAUGUUGAUACAUUAUUUACAUUAUAUUACAUGCAUUAAUAACCACAACUUUCAAUAAAUAAUUCACUAAUCCUUUAGAACAAUAACUUAAUAACUUUAGCAAAUGCCCUGCUGACCUGAUGCUUCUAGAUUUUGAGGUGUCAAACAGAUCAUUGACAGGGCUCUACCCAAUUUAUCAACUAUCGAGUUAAAAAGACCAAAGUUUCUAGAGGGGGUUACAACCUGGAAAUUAAACAGGUUGAAAUCACUAUCUUUCAAACACACACUCAUACAAAUAUGUAACUGUUGGGCAAAUUUGCUUCAUUUUCAGGGGUCACAAUGCACAAGGAUUACAAUAAGUCAAUUGUGGGCAGCAUGCUGGAUGUGACGCACACAUAUACGCCCCAUAUAACGAAACUGAUUAAUUAUAGCUGCAGACGUGUAACUAGUAAAAGGAGUUUACUAGUCGAACAGGAAAUAUGUCACUGUUUCUCUUCUACCCAGUAACUUCAUUUGUAAUCCCAUUCACCGGUGCUAAUCCUGCUUACCCUCUUUUUCCCUUUGUUGCCAUGGAUAUGCUAUUCCUAUGGCAACUGCAGGCCUUUGUGAAUGGCCUCGGGCCCCCACCGUAGAGGACUCCCUGAACCUUUCAUUAUACAUUCCCUUCAAGCUCGCAGACAAAUCACGCACGUAGCACAUACUCUAACUCUGUCUUUCUCCCUCACUCCUCUUCCCCUUUUUUUGUCUCUCCAUUGCUCUGCCCUUGUCAAACUACUGUAUCCUACUUUUAAGACAGCAGCACCUCUGUUCGUACAUUUAGUGUUCAUUUUCUGUAAAUUACACUCCAGGUACUCACUGAUGCGGGAUGCCUGUCCUGGCAGAAAGUGGGCUGUGAUCAGAUUUGUAGCACACGUAUCACUUUCAUAAGAGUCCGCGCCCCUAGCUUUCUAAUCUUCAGUGGCAAUGGAAACCAGAGCUCCAUCUUUAAAGAUGCAUGAGACAUCUUGAGCAACAGAAAACAGAGGUGGAGGCUCAGUCAGAGAAAGGGUUUCUGUGUCAAUGACAGUGAAACAAGGGAGGGGCGAGGCUCAUGCAGAUUAAAGUAAAGUUGUAAGUGGCAGUGAGGGCCCAAGUUGAGUCAGAGUGCGGUAGGACUGGUCACUGUGGGUGUGUGUGAGUGUGAGUGGGGCAGGUGGGGGGCUUCCGCCUGCUGAAUGAACCCCGUCAGCAUCGGGGAGUACCAUGGGCUACGGGUGGGCUCGGCCCUGCUCGGAAUCGUGGCAGGCUGCAUCAUCAUUGGGGUGUCCAGGGAGUGUGAUGCUGAUGCUGUAGGAGGUAUCUUCCUGGGAGCAGGGGGUCUCGGCCUGCUCAUAUCGAUAUACCCAUUCAUAAAAGCCUGGCUGAACAUCAACCAUAUUCUUCCAUCCUUCGGAAACUUCAGAGUGCACCCCACUCCCGCUCCUGAACAACCGACAGAGACGUUAAGACGAGAAGGAACUCAGAGUCAACUAAAUCUGGAACGUUGUAAGAGUCGUAUGGGAACCUUUGUGGAAGGCGGACCAAUGGCCGAGACCAACCCAGAUGAGGGGACGUCUACAGACAUGCCAGACGUCUUAUCUAGAAGGAAACAAAAACCAUCGCCUUCAGAUCAAGACCUACCCUGAUGUCAUCCCAUGAUCUGACUGACCUCUAUUGUUCUGCUUCGCUGUUAAAAAUUCUUCAUUAGGUUUUCUAUUAAGUGUGAAACAAGAGAUGUUGAUUUUAAUCUUAUUGAUUCAUUGUUUUUCUGUAAAAUUGUUAUAUCAACUGUCCUAUAUGUUGAGAUCACCUCGUGGGAUUCUACUGUACUUAUGUGGACUGAUAAAACGUAUUUUUAA